AUGACGACACUCGUAGAACCGAUAGCAAUGCUGCACAAGUGGACUCAACAGGAGGCGCACUACCGCACCCUCCUGACCCUCAGACGGCAACUGACAGACCUGAUAGCCCGCAAACACCACAGGACAAUCCAGAGAUCAAAAGCCUUCUUUUACAUCCAUGCCAACAAGGGAGGAAGGCUACUAGCCCGUAUGCUGCGGAAUCAACAAGCGAGUGCACAGGUGAGCGCACUGCGAACAGCUCGGGGCUCCACUACGCAAUUCCCCAAGGAGAUCGCGAACAAAUUCCGCACGUACUAUUAA